AUGGCACAGCAAGACGAGCAUGAGUGGCCUCUGAGCCUCGACGAGUAUGCGCGAUACGGGAGGCAGAUGAUAAUGCCCGAGUGGGGGUUGGACGGCCAGCUGGCGGUGAGGAAGGCACGUGUGGCCGUCGUUGGCGCCGGUGGACUGGGAUGUCCAGCUCUUCAGUAUAUUAUAGGCGCAGGAGUUGGCGAGGUUACCAUCAUCGACCAUGACACUGUCUCGGCAUCCAACCUACACAGGCAAGUGCUGCACACCACCGAGCGUGUGGGGAUGAAUAAAACGCUGUCAGCGUGCAUAGCCCUGAAGGCCAUCAACCCGCAUCCGACGCUCAACCCAGUCACGGAACCCCUCACCCCCGCCAACGCCCUGACCAUUCUUCGGGACCACGACCUGGUCCUAGACUGCACGGAUCGCCCGUACACUCGCUACCUAAUCAACGACGCGUGUGUCCGCCUCUCGCUUCCGCUCGUGAGCGGGGCUGCCCUCGGUGCCGCAGGGCAGUGGGCAGUUUACGGCGGGUCAUAUGAUGACACCAAGCGCGCUUGCUACCGGUGUCUGUGGCCGAAGCCGGGACCUAGUGGCAGGUGCGACGAGGCAGGGGUCUGGGGUCCAGUGACCGGCAUGGUCGGGAGCGGGAUGGCUGCCGAGGCCCUGCGGCUACUCGCCAGCGGUGGCGGAGGCAAGGGGUCGUUGCACAUCCUCCAUCUGGGAGGAAGUCCGAUGGUGCGGACAGUCGGUAUGCGUCCACGCAGUGCCAAGUGCGUGGCGUGCGGACCAAACGCUACGGUUACAGAUGACCUUGACAGCCACGAUUAUGUUGCCCUUUGCGGAGAGACUCCAGCUGUCCCAGAGGUUCCUGACAGGAUGAGCGUUGGGGACCUUCGUGCAGUUGUUGGCUCCCCAGAGGUGGUCGUAAUCGACACAAGGCCACCACACGAGUACGGCAUCUGCAGCCUCCCCCACACCAUGAACAUUCCCCUCGCCUCCAUCCUUGCCUCACGCGCGGAUGUACCCCCAGGUCGCGCGAUCUUCCUCUGUCGGCGGGGGAACGACUCACAGGUUGCAGCUGCUGCCUUCAGGCAGUCGGGUCGCGAGGCGACAGACGUGCGUGGCGGCUUGGUUGCCUGGAGCCACGAGAUCGACCCACACUUCCCAUUGUACUAG